UUUUUGGUGGAGAGUGGAGUAAUUCCCCGGUGAAUCCACUGUUUGGAAUCAAAAGGACCACGGGGAUCCAAGCUCGUAAACCCUUAUAAUUUCAAGAGUCGUGUUUUCUUGCGGAACCCUUCGAGCAUGCUGAGAACGAUCCAGUUUGCAUUAGGACGAAGCACGAAUUCCAACUUUUUUAUGGUUACCUUCACGCCCGCUUUCCUGUUGCUUCGUUUGCUACUUCAGAAUGGUCAAUAUUCAAUCACGUCGCAUUGUGCUAGUUGGGGCGACAGGCGCUUUAGGAUCCCACAUACUUGAAGCUCUUCUUGAUACUGGGGUCCACCAUAUCUCAGUCAUAACCAGACCGGAGAAUGGCAGGAUCUUCGACAGCAGAGUCUCCGUGAAUCGAGUCGAUCUGGAUGAUGAGGCAUCCCUUGCUCGCUGUCUUGUCAGUCAGGAUGCUCUCAUCAUAAGUCUGAGCCCAGAGAGCUACGGAAAGCAGAUCCCAUUGAUCCGGGCGGCGGCGGCUGCCCGAGUGCCGUACAUCGUUCCAACUGAGUUUGGAUCGGAUCCGACACAUGAGAGAUUGAACCGGGAGAUAGGUUUGGCAGAGAUGCAGAAGCCUUUCCGUGCUUUGAUUGAGGAGCUCGGAGUUAGUUCAUGGAUUGGCGUUGUGAAUGGGCUCUUCUUCGAUUUCAAUGUGCGCAACGGUUUCUGGGGUCUUGACAUCCGGAACCGCAAAGUUACAUUCUACGAUGAUGGCCAGGUCAAGAUCAAUACAUCGACUCUUCCCUGGAUAGCCAUCAGCCUUGCACGCUUCUUCAGUAUGCCGGACGAGUUCAUCCAACAGCACCGGAAUGCCUGGAUCUAUUUCAGUUCCUUCUUGGUCAGCCAGCGCGACGUUUUUGAGAGUGCGAUACGGAUGACAAGGACGAUACAAGCAGAUUGGGAAGUAGUUAGGGUGAAUUCCAAGGUGGCAGCUCAGGAGGCUAAGAAGGGCAUGGAGGAUGGUGAUCAUAUGGCGGUGUUCAGCCUGCUCUUCGCCUUAACUUUUCAAGAAGGGUUUGGAUCGGACUUUUCUGACCGGUUGAUAAACUACUCGGCGAUGGGACUGAGUCCACCAACUUUGGAUACCGUUGUUAAGGGGCUAGUGGAGGACUGUACCUAGGAUAAGAUACCAAGGGUUUAUGUGCAAUUGACACACGGGUGAUGUUCAGACCGCGUCAAGACUUUCUUCGAAUUCGUGCUGAGUAGUACCACGUACGUAGUUCGGCCAAGAGGAAAAGGACGUAAUUGGCCUUCAUCUUCUCUCCGAUAAAGCGUGGGGUGUCGGAUUUAACUCCCCCAUAUCGACAAUGGAGGCCUAGCCGCCAGAAC